CCCAUCGGCCUCGGCUUCGAUUCUGAAAAAUGUCUGAAAUAUUGUGUUGUUUGCAACUGUAAUAUUUAUUAGUGAUUAGUGUGUACAUCGGUGACGAAUCUGAUGCGGCUUUUCGCAUUUUUUUGUAUCAAGUUUCAGUCCUACUAGUACUCCAUCAGCUACCCUCAGUGAUUCGUGCCGAGCUUUUUUCACAAUGACAGGUUCAAGAGUUUAUGUCGGUGGUCUCCCGUAUGGUGUCAGAGAAAGAGAUUUGGAGAGAUUUUUCAAAGGAUUUGGCCGCAUUCGAGAUGUCCUGUUAAAGAAUGGUUAUGGGUUUGUGGAAUUUGAUGACUACAGAGAUGCUGAUGAUGCUGUUUAUGAAUUAAAUGGGAAAGAGCUGAUGGGUGAAAGAAUCUCGGUAGAGAGAGCUCGUGGAAUACCACGUGGGAGUGAUGCUUGGAGGGACAGAGAACGAAGGCCCCCCCCACCCAGAAGAAGAAGCAGGGACAGGAGGGGUCCAUUUGGCAGUAGCCGUAGACGCAAUGAGUAUGGACCUCCUACGCGUACUGAACAUAGAAUCAUUGUUGAAAAUCUGUCAAGCAGAGUCAGUUGGCAGGAUUUGAAGGAUUACAUGCGACAAGCAGGAGAAGUCACCUACGCAGAUGCUCACAAGCAGAGGCGGAAUGAAGGGGUGGUGGAAUUUUCAACUUAUUCGGAUAUGAAAACAGCAAUAGACAAAUUGGAUGACACAGAAUUGCAUGGUAGAAGGAUUCGCCUUGUCGAAGAUCGUGGUCGUGGCAGUCGCCGAUCUAGGUCAUCCAGCUCGCGCUCUCGUUCACGCUCUCGUUCUCGAUCCAGAUCUAGAUCUCGCCGACGUUCACCCUCGGCGUCAAGCCGUAGUAGAAGCCGUAGUCGCAGCAGAUCCAACUCUCGGGCUCGUACCAAAUCACCAUCUCGUUCUAAGUCUCGGGACCGUGAUUCAAAAUCCAAAUCAAGAUCUCCCAUCUCUAAGAAGCGCUCUAGAUCUCACUCAGUUUCAAAAAAGCAAUCCAGGGAAAGAUCAGUUUCUCCUAAGGCGCGGUCAACCUCACGUAGUCCAUUUGUGGAGAAAAAUGGAGAUCAAACCCCUGACAAAGAAUAAAAUAUUAUUCUGCUGUUCCAUUGUCUGUCCUAUUGUUUUUAAGUCAAAUAUUCUCUGAUCAUUUUUUAAUUUCUGGUUCUUCUGGUUAAGUAAAUUCUUGUUUUUUCAUCAAAGCUCUUGACUAUGCGAUAAUAUGACUGUCUAUAGUCCUCUGAUCAUCUGUUCUCAUUCUCUCCUUCUUAGUGAACAUUUUCUCAAUUAACAGCAAAUAAGGAGCUUUGGUGGAAUAAAGCCAAGAUUGACUGUACACAUAUUUUAGUGAACAUUUUGUUGUUGGUGAACGUAUUCUUUCUCACCAAAUUCCUAGACUUAGUUUGAAUGUCCUCCUGCAGGAGAGAUGCUCUUUAUCAGUAGCUCUCGGUAAUUAAUGUUCGGAUAACUGUUCAGACUAUCAUAAAGAGUAACGGAUCUGUAGUUUUAAAUUUCUAUUACCUGUCUAUUACCAUACCAUUUUGCAAGGUUUGACUACUUUGCAAGUACCAUCAACUAGAUAUCAAUAUUGGUUUCAUUUGUCUUUGAAAAGUGUUCUGAUUGAUUUUGAACGCUGCUGAUUUGUCCGCGAAGGUAAUCAAAUAACUUAGCUUGAAUGAUCUAUGCACAAUGCAUGAAUGACAGUUUAAUCAUCAUUUUAUCAUCUUGUAAUGAAGCAGUCUCAAACUCAUUGAGUUCUCGUUACAUUCAAUUUUUGUAAUAAUUGUGCUUACACUAUUUCCUGAGAGGAAAUUUUCAGCGUUUAAUUUCGUGUAAUUUUCAGUGUGUAAUCUUUUAGAUCAUGAGACAGAUGUUUUCAUUUUAUAUCUUUUAACUUCCGAAAAUCCGAAUGUGUAUUUUUAUUCAUUGCUAAUUUAAUAAAGUCUACUAUUUUAAUUUUAA